UUAGCCUACACCUUCGAUGCAGGUCCAAACGCCUUUCUCCUGGUCCUCGAAAACGACGUCGCCUGGGUGCUUGCCCUCCUCGCCGCUCGUUUUGGUGAACAGAGGCCAAAGAACGAUGGAGACGAAGUGAGGGUCGCGAAACAGAGGCGCCUAGAACAGCACUUCAACGGAGAUUCUUCUCUCACCACCACCACCACCACAACCGUGGUCGGUGACAGGCUGGAAGUUAGAGGAUUGCAGUACCCACCUGUACAGCUAUCCACCAAGGAAGACAAGGUGAGCACCUAUUCGUCAGAUUUUUCUCCUUUGCUUUUCACCAUAUAUCUCUAA